AUGCUCAUAUUUCCUAGUGAACGAUUUUGUCUCGAGUCUAAAAAAGCUCGAAGCACAGAUCCAAGAAUGCAGAGGUGCAUGCCAUGCGAUGGAGCACGUGUACAUCAGUAUUGCAAGGCACUUUCCCCAAAUUCCAGCGGAGGAUUCCACGCUGCUUACUUGUGCGUACUUCCAGAUCGUGUCUACCCACUGUGGCUACUGCCCUGUACCGAUGCAUGCUCCUCAAACAGUCGAUGCUUCUGGCACAGAGCAAAGCUUCUUCGAUUCGGCCUUGAUGCUAACCGGGAUCCGGAAUAUCUUGAGGGCUCUGGGACAGCUGGUUUUUACAGUGGGUCGAAUGCCUUAGGGAAGGUAUUUACUCCUGCGCUGCCCAACACAACAUGGGCGGAAAUGCGUGGAUACUUAAACAACUCAGCGGAAGAGCACCUUUGGAAGAAGAGGCAAGUGAACGAGGAGGUGUGGAGGUUGGGAGGAGAGUUGAAGUGGGCUAGAAUUGACGCCUACCAGUUAACGUGGUCAAACCUGUUCCACUUUUCUGGAGAUUUCCAGUGCUCGUGUCACUUCCACAGAACCACUUUUAACUUGGCCUCAGGAGAGUACAUCAUAAGUGGAGAGCAGACGCAGGCGCAGGUUAAUGAAGUCGUUGACAUUAUGAGAGUUAACAUGGAAAAGGUGCUUGAACGAGAUGCCAAGCUGGCCCAGCUUGAUGAUCGUGCAGCACAUCUUUCUGUGCUCUUAGAUGCUCUUCAAGCUGGUGCUUCUCAAUUUGAAGCCAGUGCUGGAAAAUUGAAGAACAAAUACUGGUGGAAAAAUAUGAAGGUAUAA